ACCAAGUCAAGAGAGUGGGGGACGCGCGCAAGAGGUCGUGGCACACUGACUGGCGCAACCCGAGACUUUUCUGUUUAGUUCGGCGAUAUGUUUGUGAGACAGUGACAUAGCUGAGCAGUUGAGUGAGAAGUGCAGGGAGGCAGGACGCGAUCGCGAGACGGAGACGGAGAGGAGGUAGCGGCAGUCGAACGUGGGGAGGAGAGGCGAAGUAAAGCCGACCAGGCUCCGUAGUUUUCUUGGAAUCUAUCGCAUGUCAUUUCCAACUCGCAUUGUGCACGGAUAAAGCUAAUUCCACGAGACUGGGGCUAGGCUGGAGGAAGCAGCAGUUACGGAUUGAUUUAAAAUGAAGAAAAACAAUUCGGCGAAACGGGGUCCGCAGGAUGCCAACCAGCAGUCCUCGCAGCCAGACAAAGUCGGAUGGAUUCGUAAAUUUUGUGGAAAGGGGAUUUUCAGGGAAAUCUGGAAAAACCGAUUUGUUAUACUCAAAGGGGACCACCUCUUCAUCUCGGAGAAAGAGGUGAAAGAUGAGAAGAAGAUCCAGGAAGUGGUGGACCUGACGGACUACGAGCGUUCCGAAGAGCUCCGCAAAGCCAAGAGCCGCAGCAAGAAGAACCACAGCAAGUUCACGCUGCUGCGAUCGCGCCAACCUGGCAACACGGUCCCGAACCUGGUCUUCCUGGCGGUUAGUCCAGAGGAGAAGGAGUCUUGGAUUAAUGCGAUCAAUGGAGCCAUCACCAAGGCCAAAAACCGCAUCCUGGAUGAGGUCACGGUGGAGGAAGAGAGUUUCCUGGCCCAUCCGACACGUGACCGGGCGAAGAUCCCUCACACGCGGCGCCUGCCGACCAGAGGCCACCUCAUGGCAGUGGCGUCGACAUCUAACUCGGAGGGCAUGCUGACCCUUGACCUGAUCCAGGAGGAGGACCUCCCGGAUGGUCUGCGGGUCACCGUGGACAAGUCUCCCACCUCCUGCAGCUCCACGCCCGCCGCCUCCUCGCCCGACCCCCAGCGGCUCCUGAGCCCAGACUCCGCCCACAACGGCACCGGCACGUCCGGCGACACCCACAGCAAGUCGCAGUCCCUCCCCCGGCAGACCGAGGCGGCUGUCGGGGCCGGGGGCGGAGCCAGGACGCCGCAGCCGGGACGCAAGCUGACGGCGGCCGAGAAGAGUCGCUGCGCCUCCAUGGACGAGAUCCUGACGCACUCGGAGCCGCGCCACCACCACGCCAUCGGCACCUCCUCCUCCACUGGGUUCCGGAAGGGCGGCAUGGGCAUGCCGCAUUGCUCGGCCUCCGCCCCGGCCGCCUCGCUGCACCCCGUCAGCCAGCUGCAGGAGCUGAUCUGCCAGAAGCUGGAGCGCACCCAGGAGCUGCUGGUGGAGGUGCGCAGGGGCAGUGGCAGCGUCGGGGGCGGAGUCGGGGAGCGGGACAGCGGGGCGCGGGCCGAGGCAGAGAGGCUCCUGGAGGAGGCCACGUCUACAUGGGGGCAGGCGCGGGACGUACUGGAGGAGGUCAAGGAGCUGCGCGCGCUCUGCAAGCAGCUGGACUCGGGCGGUGGUGGCGCCGCUGGCACGGCAAACGGAACCCUCAGCGCGUCCGCUUCGGCCAGCCCCAUCACCGCCAACGCCACGCCAAGCGGCAAAGUCAAGAGCCCGCAGCAGACGAACUACAGGAAGAGCCUGAUGUGAUGUCAUAAUGUGAUGUCACUACAGGAAGAGCCUGUCGUGAUGUCAUCAUGUGAUGUCACUGCAGGAAGAGCCUGUCAUGAUGUCAUCAUGUGAUGUCACUACAGGAAGAGCCUGUCGUGAUGUCAUCAUGUGAUGUCACUGCAGGAAGAGCCUGUCGUGGUGAUCACAUGGCCCAUUGGGAAUACGGGAGAUGGAUGGACUCACUCCUGGUGGACCUUAAGCGCUUUUUUUUUCGGAUCACCAAUGAGAUUAUUACCAAUUUAUUACCAACGUCACCCUCUCCCCACCCCCCGCCCCACCUCCUCCUACACCAGCUCCCACACACCAGCAGCGAAGUUACCGUAGGGUAGAGGCAGCGCAUUUCAGAAUUGAAACUGAAUGCACACACACCAACACAAGCGCACACACACAGACACACACACACACACAUGGGCUAUCUCCAGCUCUGCACCCGCGCUUCUUUUGUGCGGCGGUGAUAUGACAUCGUGAGUGUAAACCAUGACACAGACUCCGCUGAAGACUGUGUGAACUGUACAGGUUUCUAAAAGGCGUGUGUGUGUGUGGAGGCUGUGUACUGUAGGUGUGAGUGAGCCUCUGGUUCGAUUCUCCCGACCUACUCUGCACCAAUGAACUCUCAGGUGGGGUGUGUCUAUCAAGUGCUGGCACCAUAUGUCUGUAGAGUGGGGGGUAGAGUGGGGGCGGUACAGUAUGAAUAAGCCCAAAUUUUGGGGGUGGGUUGAGGUGGGUACAAGUGGUGCGUUCGUUUAUGCCUCGGGUCCCAAGCGAGGUCCAUGAUUGGCUGACUUUAAGCCAAUAGGCAUGCGAAAAAGGGCCGUCUUAGCACACGUCCGUCGCCAAGCAACCUACUUGGAUCUGCGAGCGGACUUGAUAAGCGAAUGCACCAAAAGCCAGGAAGAGAGGGUGAGGUGGCAGCCACUGAGGUGCAAUGCCCCUCGCCACCUUCCCCCCACCAUUUUUCUUAUGCCAGCCUGUACGAAUAUGAAUGUGUUCCUUUUAAUGUUUCGACACACAUGGGCAGACCUUCGCUCCGCUGUAGGGGGGUGGGGGGCACGUUAUUCAGCCCACUGGGCCCACCUUCUCCAAAGCAAGUUUCCUGAACCCAACAUGGCAGACACACGUGCAUGAACGAUUGCGUGUCUCUCCUGCUUCAUUAGCAGGACAUGAGCCUACACUCCGCACAUAGUACGUAUGUGAGGGCCAGGGUCAGACACAAGGGCCAGGGUGAGACUCUGUGAUCCAGGAGCCCAGACUGACGAAGCCAAUGUUAGAUCCAUGUACUGUACAAUAGAUAGUACAUGACAUUGUCCACUGGCUCCACUGGAUUCCAUGUUAUUGGUGUUGUGGUGGGGCUGGUGGCUUGGGGCGACUUGUGGCUUGGUGGGGGGGCUGUCUUUGCAAAUCAGAGAGAGAACAGAGAACAGCUCCCCCUCUCCCCCCUCCCCUCCCCCUUUCAACAGCUGCUCUAAAGUACAGUCACACAGGUCAGGACAGGACAGGACUAGCCUCGUGUGUUUCUGUUAUGCUGAAUCCCUUGUAGGGCUGAAGUCUGAGCCAGUGGUUAAGCGCCAAGAGAAUCAGGUACUAGAACCGAACCGUAAAAAACCCAAACCGAGCUGAAAUUCCAUGCAGUAACCAGUGUUGCAAGAUUAGGCGGUUACCUGCCCAAUUGGGCUACUUUUGAUGGCCGUCUGGGGGUAAAAACGUGAAAAAUUGGCCAUUUGGCUUUUUUUUCUGGAGUUUUGUGCCCAUAGAAAUCAAUGGAAUUUGUUGAACUUGGGCGGAAUUUACCGCAUUUUGGCGGUUUUUGAGAACCUUUUGGGCGGGAUUUCAUCUGACACAUCUGGCAACACUGGCAGUAACCUGAACGGACCUACAGUAGGUCAAGGUCAUGGGUUGGUAGAGAUGGAGGGAUAGAAAGACAGAGAGAGAGAGAGGUGGGGAGUAGUGACCGAUCACACAUUUUGCACUAUAGACUAUGCUGUAAAUCGAAUCAAACAAACAAAUGAAUGAAUGACCUAAGCAGCAGAAGAGACAAUCUUACUGUAGCCAGGACCACACACAAAGCAAAGGCCAGCAGCGUCAGGUCUCGACUUAUUACACCCAAGUGGCAUUUCCUAAACUGGUGUCAUUCAAAAAGAAACAAACAAAAAAAACAACUACACUUAAGCUGCCUUAGUGUUCCUUCAAAGAGGCCGUGUGCACACUCACACACACAAACGUACACACACAGGGCCUAUACUAAGAAACUGGUUCAAGAUUAAACCAGGUUAAGUUAAGGGGUAAAUCAUCUAAUUGAAGAGCCUGGAGUGAAGAAAAUGAGGACUCCAGGCUCUUCUAUUAGAUUAUUUAACUUAACCUGGUUUACUCUUGAACCAGCUUCUAAGUAUAGGCCCUCAGUAACUUGCUCUUGCUAGUUAUACCAGUUGAAGUGUGUGAGCUCCUGCUGGACCGUGCUCAGUUCUCCUGCCUGCUGUAAAGGCUGGAAUAUGUUUGCUACAGAUUAUGUGCAUGUGUUCAUUUCACUCACAAAUGCAUCGCCAUGCGUCUUUUUAUGACCCAUUAUGCACGGCAGGUCACUUGAACACACGGUAACGUGACACUGGGCGUGCUCGUGCGAACAAGUGCAUAGGUGAGAGACGCCGCGCUCACGGUAGUUUAAAACAAUGGCGGAAACAAAUAGAUGAUUGGUAUAUGAUACCUCCAGUGUUGUUCGCAGUGCUCUGUUAGUUCUGUAGUUAAGUAUGAGCAUUGGCGUCGUGAACAAUAGUAUGCACGUGUUGGGUCGUACAGCUAGCAAAUUCCAGCCUUUUAUCAAGGAGACUGAUGUAAACUGGACAAGCUUGAUCUUGGUGGGUUGUGUGCAAAAGCUUUCGGGUUUUUUAUUUCUUUUUCCUUCAGAGUUUGGGUAACUAUGCAACGUUGCUGACAAACAUUAAAUGAAAUCAUGGGCAAGAGUAAGAGUCGCUGUGUAGGUCUUACGGUGAAAUGACCAAAGGGUAGAGGCUUACUGUAUGUCUAGCCAGCAACCCCAAUGCUUUGGUCUACAGUUCCUGUGUAGGUUAAAAUGUGUUUGCACAAUUUCUGUGAUUACAGUUCAGUUCAGUUCUGCACUGUCAUUCACACUCAAAAAAUUACCAACAGUGUUAUAUAUAUUUUUUGUAUUUUUAUUGUUUAAAGUGCUUUUUUGUAGGGCAAUAAAAAAAAUGCUUGAUUUUGAGGACAACAAACAAAGGAGGGGCCUGUUUUUGUGUGUUUGUGCAAAGCAACAUUUCUGAUUUUCGAACAAUAAAUCAUCAAACUCACACAUUCCCAUAUGACAUGUAAAGUGGAAAGUAGACCUGCCAAAGUUUGACUAAAGCACAAGAAUCCCCAGUGUCACACUGGAGAGGACGUUGCGUUUUGUUUUGUUUUUUUUUGUUUUUUACCAAUUCCUAACAGUUCAGGGAUGCAUUUCUGGAAAGUGUAGUUGUUAGCAGUUAGCAACUUUGGUAGUUGCCAAUGGGAAAUUGCAUUGCAACCAACAAAGUAGCUAACACAGUUAGCAGCUACGCUUUCUAGAAAUGCACCCCAGCAGUCAUGUUAUUGUCUGGAGGUAAUUCCACUUUCUGUGCUCUGCCUAUUGUCUGGAAAAGAGGACACAUGGGUGUGGUCUCUUGAAUGCAAUCACUCACUGUUUGCCAGCUACCUUUGUCAUUCUGUUCUUUAAAUAUAAAACAUCUGGAUACCGGGCGGUGCAGCUGUUUUUCAGUGUUCCCUUUCUCUUCUCUUCUCCUCUCUCUCUCUCUCUCUCUCUCUCUCUCUCUCUCUCUCUCUCUCUCUCUCUCUCUCUCUCUCUCUCUCUCUUCCGGCACUAUUUGGGGAUGAGUGUGGAGGUGUUAAUGAUGAUGGUGUGUCACGCUGACAAGUCUGUGCUAUAGCAGACAGCUGAACCUCUACUCUACGCCUACAGCUACAGCUCAAGACAAUGUCUGUAGCUCAUUAACCUGAAUGUCCUGGAAGAUGAGUAGAGAGUGUAUUGAGGGUUUUCAUCAUCCGGGAAGCUGACGGGAGAGUGCAUUGAGGGGUUUCAUUAGCCAGGCCGUGCCCUUCUAGUGACACAACACCUUCAGCGUUGCUUCUAGUCAGGCCAAGAGCAAUACAAAUAUUGUUUCUGAGCUCCUGAAAAAAACAGGAACUCCUUCCACUUUGUCAGGAGCAAGUGAAGUGAAAAGUGAAAGCCCAUUGGGAAACUCCAACUCCCAUUGUCAUUGUGACACAGCACUCCACAGCACACAAGUGAACACUGCACACUGCACACAACAAAAUUGCAUUUAUGCCUCACCCGUGCAAGGGGGCAGCCCUCAGUGGCGCCCCAUGGGGAGCAGUGCGGUGGGACGGUACCAUGCUCAGGGUACCUCAGUCAUGGAGGAGAGCACUGGUUGAUUACUCCCCCCACCAACCUGGCGGGUCGGGAGUCGAACCGGCAACCUCUGGGAUGCAAGUCUGACGCCCUAACCGCUCACCCAUGACUGCCCAACCAACCAUUAGCAAACCAAUAGAGGCUGGUCAACGAUGCCGUUUGGGAAAUGCUAAUUGUUAUGCUCUUGGUCAGACCAAGUCUCGAGGAGAUUUGAAAGUCGGUGAUAAUCAGGCUAGGUUUUCAUCGUCCUGGAAGCUGACGAGAGAGCGUAUUGAGGGUUUUCAUCUGACCUUCGUUUGUCUCGGUAGAGGUCAGGCCGGCCAGGUGGGCUAGUUGUCUGAGUGAGUGUCCUCCACCAUGGUCAGCCCCUCAUGAAAAGAGCAUUGUUUGUUACGUAAUCCUGGUUGCCAUAGGACCACUCACUCUCUCUGAGGCCUACGUAUUCUCAGACUGUCACAUUGUUUAACAUUGUUAAAGAGUUCAACCAACGGGUGAAUUUCUGACAGAGAAAUUUGAAAAUUACACUGGUGGCUGCAGUACAGUUCCAAGGUAAUUUUUCUACCAAAAAAAGGUCCUCAAUAAUGUCAGAAGCUUAAAGCCAUUUCCAACUUUUAUGUCAAUGUCUGACCCAACUGGCUGAAACAUGUCAACUCCAUCAGAUGAGAAAUACUUGUGGGGUAACACUCAAAAGACCAUUUGUUACUGUAACAGAGCAUCCACGCACAGUCACACUGGUAGAGAAGAGGAAAUCUGGCUUUGGGCAUGCGCUUUGUGACUCUUAUCGAGUAGUAGCAAGUCCAGCACACUUCCUUCUAUCCAGGGCUUGACAUUGGCACCUGCCAACCGGCCAAAUGCUGGUAACUUAGUUGCCUGUGGCUAGUAACAAUUUCAGUCUCUGUAGCGACUUAUUGAUAGAUGUGACGAAUCACAGUAGUUGCAUCAGCUGUUUGUAUUUAAAUGCAAGAAUAUUCUAAAGAAACUGACUACAACACUGUGGCUAGCAGGAAGGAUAAAUGGCUAGAGACUCUGGGAAAACCACUUGCUACAGUGGCUGGUGAGCAAAAAAAGUUAGUGUCAAGCCCUGCUCCCAUCCUCAACUGUAGAACAGACCCUAUGGAGGUUGUCAGUGGAUGGAGGUGCUUUGGGGAAACUUAAAAUCCUUUCUGUGAGCAACAGCACACUCUGAGGCUUGACAAAUGCUUGAAACAACAGCACAUGCUCAUGGUUGCAACUUAGCCGUGAUUUAAAAUGCAAUCUGACGUGAAGGAAUGCAGCCCAAGCAGAUUUGUGUGAUUUGCACAGGAAGCACUGGAAAAUGUUUGGGGUUUUCCAUGUAAAUAGCUUGUCCCCUGAAAUGCCAUAGUUUUAUUGACGGCCUUCUUCUUGGAAUGUGGUCUCAAAAAAAUUGCACCAAACGGUGUAAAAGAUUCCUAUAAUCUUGAACAUGCAGUGCAGCGCAGUAUGUUACAGUGUCCGUCCUCCAUUUUGUUUGUCCUUUAUUUGACCUUCAACAUCCCUCAUUGUACCAAAUUCAGGCCUAAACAGCAUCAGCGGUUAUUGGGUUAAGCCUUGAGGCUCAGGUUGUGUCGGUAAGGGUAUUUUUUUAUAACGCAAAACAGGGUGUUUCCCCUCCUGAAUAAUCUACAUAGGUUCCUCAGUGACUGUAAUAAUGUUCACACUGUUGUCGUGAAAAUGAGAAUGUAUGGUCGGUGGCAUUGAUGUACAUGAGGUGUUAACCUGUUUAAUGUUCAUUUACUCUGGAACCUUGUCUCCAAUAGUUUAUAGCCCUGAAUCCUCAGGGUUUUAUUUGAAU